AUGGCCGCUUCCCAAGAUAUCCUUUCGCCCAAUGGCGGCGAUAUCGUGGACUCCAUGGACCAGUUGAAGAUGGACGAGCGACUCGGCCCCGACGGCGAGCUCGCCCCUAAGACGGACGAAGAAUAUGCCCAGGCUCAGCUGACCUUGCGCGCCAUCGUUUCCUCCAAGGAAGCCGGUGUCAUCAUUGGAAAAGGCGGCAAGAACGUCGCUGACCUCCGUGAUGAAACCGGCGUAAAAGCUGGCGUUAGCAAGGUUGUGCAGGGCGUUCAUGACCGAGUUCUCACCAUCACCGGCGGGUGCGAUGCCAUUUCUCGCGCCUACGCCAUUGUUGCCCGAGCCCUCCUCGAAGGCGCCCCCGUCGUUGGUAUGGGUGGUGUCGUCCAAAACAACGGAACUCACCCCAUCAAGCUUCUCAUCUCCCACAACCAAAUGGGCACCAUCAUCGGCCGACAGGGCCUCAAGAUCAAGCAUAUCCAGGACGUUUCCGGUGUCCGCAUGGUUGCGCAGAAGGACAUGCUGCCCCAGUCUACCGAGCGCAUCGUCGAAGUCCAGGGCACUCCCGAAGGCAUCCAACGAGCCAUUUGGGAGAUUUCCAAGUGCUUGGUCGAUGACUGGCAGCGGGGCACCGGCACCGUGCUCUACAACCCUGUCGUCCGAACUCAGUCCUCCGGCUCUGGAAGCCUGGGCGGCUCCGGCUACGGUAACGGCGGCGGUCGAGACUACGGAAGCCCUCGCGUGAUGCGCACCGGCAACGGAGCCGACUUCAGCAACGGAGGCUCGAGGCCAUUCAGCCGCCGCUCUGAUUCCGACGCUGCGACUCGCGGCCCUCCCACUCACGACGAGAACGGUGAAGAAAUCCAGACUCAGAACAUUAGCAUCCCCGCCGACAUGGUUGGAUGCAUCAUUGGCCGUGGCGGCAGCAAGAUUAGCGACAUCCGCAAGACUUCCGGAGCUCGCAUCUCCAUUGCAAAGGCCCCCCACGACGAGACAGGCGAGCGCAUGUUCACCAUCAUGGGUACCGCCAAGGCCAACGAGUCCGCGCUGUUCCUACUCUAUGAAAACCUUGAGGCUGAGAAGAUGCGUCGCAGUCAGAUGCAAGACCAGGAGUAA